UUUCUCACGAAUCUGUCGUUGUGAAAUGUAGAAGCUACAUGAGAAAAGAAAGCGUUAGAUUAAGAAAAUUGAAGGUUAAUUUUUGGGCAAACAUCUUUUGCUUCAUAUUAUGUUGUGUUCACGCACUGUCAAGCUGUCUUUCUCCUGAAUCUGUCCUCGAAACUGCACAUUCAACUUGUAUUGUUGCUCUCGUGACGAACAGUUGUGAAAUUGAUAAUCAAUUUUAUGACAAUUCUCAAUUUUCAGACCUUAAAAAUUUAUUGAUACGUAAAGAUUUAGGAAUUAUAGUGGGCUAUAUUGACAUAAAUAGUAAGUGGCCCGACGGGAAACCAUUUCAUGGUGAAGGGGUAGAGGCAGGAAAAAUUGUCUUAUUUAAGAAAAUACCGAAGGAUCGAACAUGUUUGCUGCCAUCUCCAUCUCAGAAGAGUUUGGUCCCGCUUAUUUUUAAUGGUGUGAAUGGACUGACAACUCUAAUAGACUUUGUCAAUGAUGGAUGUAAUAUCUACAUGUCACCAACUGGAGGUCCUUCUAUUGAGGGGCUACAUAAAGAGGAAAUCCACAGAACAAGAUUUUAUGUUCAAAACAUUUCAGACGUGCAAUCAAAAGAUGUGUUUCAACCAGUGAAUCAGAAUUGUAAAGUAAAAGACCAGUCAUGUUCAUCAAACAAUCGUAAUUUUCAUGCUCACAACAAUAAACCUAGAAUUCCAGAAUGUGAGAAAAUUGAUUUUCCUUCUAGGGAUGAGUUUUUCCAUAAUUAUGUAAAAAUAUCAAAGCCAGUGAUAUUCAAAAAUGUUUUAAAAGACUGGCCAGCUUUUACAAAGUGGACAAACGGAUAUUUCCGAGAUAAAUUUGGGAAAAAUGACAUCCAUAUCAAGUUGACACCCUUGGGUGAAUAUGAAGGAGUUGAGCCACGAUAUAUGUGGGAAAAUCACGAAAAGUUUGAGAUUCCCAAAUCAGUAGAAGAUCAGUUACCCUUUCCAGACUUGGUAGUGGUACGACCAGCCACUAAGAACAUGAAUUUCUCAAGUUUCUUGGAUAUAGUUGAAGGAGUAUCCAAUGGGACUAUUAAUGAUAUGUCGGCCUAUCUGGAGUAUUCCUCCAUUCCCGAUCACCUUCCAGAACUAGAGGAGGACAUAAGAGAAGAUUUACUAUUCCAGGGACUCCUGAACAGAAAACACCUAAAUAUAUGGCUAAGUGAUGGAAGAACUUUGGGAAAGCUGCAUUUUGAUCAAUUUGACAAUCUACUUUGCCAGAUAAGUGGAAAAAAGCAGGUGAUUUUGUUUGAUCCUCACAACAAUCAUCAGAUGUACGAGGGACACAUUCCAGAGGCGAUCCUCUCCUACAGUCAGACCUCCAAUACAUUCCACCGUCGCCAUCUACUGGAAAGCACGUCCAUGGUUAUGUCCCCUGUUGACAUCCAGAAUCCAGAUUAUUCUAGGUUUCCACUGUUUGGAGAAACUUACCCUAUGAACUGCACUAUAGAAGAAGGUGAAAUUCUAUACAUGCCUUCAUUUUGGUGGCAUGAAGUCCAGUCCUUUCCCAACAAAACAGCAGGAAGAAACCUUGCCAUCAACUUUUGGCGAGCAAGGACUUCAUGCAUAGUCGCUUUUGUGACUGAUGGGUGCACUGUUGUUGAACACUAUCCAUCUAAAGAGUAUGAACAAUUUCAAUAUAUAAGAAACUUAUUGCUUAGCAAUAAACAUGGAAUCUUGGUUGGAUUUAUUGAUAUAAAUGAUGCCUGGCCCGACGGAAGUGAAGUUACUGGAAAACAUGAUGUUGCUAUUAAUAUUGGGGAUAUAGUGUUGUUCGAAAAAAUUACCAAGGACAGAACGGAAAUAUACCCAACUGCGCAACCUCAAAGUAUCGCUCCACUUGUUCUUAGAAAUGUAUACAACAUUGAAGAGUUGAUACAAUUUAUAAAUCAGGGUUGCAAUACGUAUCUUCAUGCUACUGGUGGUCUGUCCAAACAAGGUCUUUACAGGGAGGAAAUUCUGCAAUCAAAGUUUUACGUUAAAAAUGUUUCAAAUGUUCAGUCUAAAGAUGUGUUUUUGCAAAAGUGUUCUGAAAAAAAUGACAACUUCUGUUAUUCAGAUCGUAAUUUGCAUGUUCAUAAUAUUCCCAAACUUCCCGAAUGCGAAAGAAUCUCCCUUCCAACACGUGAUGAUUUCUUUCACAAAUAUUUGAAAAAGUCAAAGCCUGUUAUUUUUAAAGAAGUUUUAAAAGACUGGCCAGCAUUUACAAAAUGGUCAAACAAAUAUCUGAGAGAAAAAUACGGCGGACAAGAAAUCAUGUUCCAACUUACACCACAGGGUGAAUUUGAAAAUAUCGAACCUAUGAAUAUUUGGGAGAAUUACCAAAAAUUUAAAUUUCCUCGAUCAUGCGCAGAUCAGAUUCUUACUCCUGAUCUAGUGAUGGUACGACCCGCUACUGAAAGCAAAAAUCUGUCGGUCUUUAUGGACAUUUUGGAUGGAAUUUCUAAUGGGUCUAUUGUAAAUAUGUCUGCAUAUUUAGAAUACGCUUCCAUUCCCAGAUAUCUGCCAGAACUGGAAAAAGACAUUCAAGAAGAGGUUCUCUUUAAGGGUCUCCUAGAAAGGGAGAUGCUGAACAUUUGGCUUAGCGACGGAAGAACUCUUGGAAAAUUGCAUUUUGAUCCAUAUGAUAAUUUUCUUUGCCAGAUAAGUGGAGGAAAGCAAGUUAUAUUAUUCGAUCCACACAACAACCAUCAAUUAUAUGAGGGUCACAUUCAGGAAGCUAGCAUGUCGUAUAAUUUUACGUCAAAGUCAUUUCAAAGACGAUAUUUGCUAGACAAUACGGUGCAAGCAUUUUCUCCCGUUGACAUCAUGAACCCUAAUUAUACAAGAUUUCCAUUGUUCGGAGAAACCUACCCCCUGAACUGUACUCUAGAGGAAGGGGAUGUUCUAUACCUGCCCUCCUUUUGGUGGCAUGAAGUUCAGUCCUUUCCUAACAUCACUGCGGGAAGGAAUCUAGCAAUUAACUUCUGGUAUGAACCGUUUUUAACUCGAGAUUACCCGUGUCCCGAGUGCCAGCUGGACGUUAAUCCAAAGUACAGACAUCUUUUAUGAUACAUCCUCAAUCUUCUUUGACUUUUGAUAUGUUCAGGUUUUUCUUCAGAGAUCUUGGUGUGAUGUUUAAUUAUUUAAAAAAUAUACUGAACAUAACUAUAGCGAUUCAUUUUUAUUUGAAGUUUAAGUACAUAUUUAUGUAUCACAAGACCAACAUCCUACUAUGUUAAGAUAUACAUGUAGAAGGUCAAAGAUGGGAAUUUGAACCCCCCGGAACCACAAAUGAAUGCAAGUUUUACCAAGUGAAAGGUCAAGUGUCAAUUAUACAAUCGUCUACAACUCUCCUCAAUAUAAAUAUCUCC